UAGCGUUCCGAGCGCCAACAUUUCAACUCGACUUCCCGCAGGCAACCGACAAAAGUUGAGUCUGUCUUUUCUUGCGCGUUCGCUCGCCUCCGUGGAACGUCCACUUUGUUUUAGCUCAACUUAUUUCCAGUGGUCGUUCAGCUUUUUAUUCGUACGAAAAUGCAGUCUUUGGCUCGAGUGCCCCUUUCCCCCUACAACGGCAACAAGAUGAGCGUCGACCUCAACAACAUGGCGCUGGACAAAGAAAAUACGCCGCCAAGCCUAAACACGACGCGCAAAUUGGCGUCCAAAACCGCGCGCAAAAUCUUCCCCGAGACUCCGGUAAGUCGCGGGAACGCCUUGCGCGGCGAAGAGACGGAACCUCUGCUGAAGGACAACCCCCGUCGCUUUGUGAUCUUCCCCAUCCAAUACCACGACAUCUGGCGCAUGUACAAGAAGGCCGAGGCGUCUUUCUGGACCGCCGAGGAGGUGGAUCUGUCCAAGGACAUGCAGCACUGGGAAGUUCUGAAGGACGAGGAGAAGUUUUUCAUCUCUCAUGUGCUGGCCUUUUUUGCGGCCAGCGACGGCAUCGUCAACGAGAACCUGGUGGAGCGUUUCACACAGGAAGUUCAGGUGACGGAGGCGCGUUGCUUCUACGGGUUCCAGAUCGCCAUGGAGAACAUCCACUCGGAGAUGUACAGCCUCCUCAUCGACACCUACAUCAAAGACCCCAAAGAGAGAGAAUACCUGUUCAACGCCAUCGAGACCAUGCCGUGCGUCAAGAAGAAGGCCGACUGGGCACUCAACUGGAUCGGCAACAAGAACGCCACCUACGGCGAGCGCGUGGUGGCCUUCGCCGCCGUGGAGGGCAUCUUCUUCUCCGGGUCCUUCGCCGCCAUCUUCUGGUUGAAGAAACGCGGCCUGAUGCCCGGACUCACCUUUUCCAACGAGCUCAUCAGCAGAGACGAGGGUCUCCACUGCGACUUUGCGUGUCUGAUGUUCAAGCACCUGGUCAACAAGCCGUCUGUGGACACUGUGACGUCCAUCAUUAAAAACGCGGUGGAAAUCGAGCAGGAGUUCCUGACGCAGGCGCUGCCGGUUAACCUGAUCGGGAUGAACUGCGACCUGAUGAAGCGCUACAUCGAGUUUGUGGCCGACCGCCUCAUGAUGGAGCUCGGCUUCGCCAAGCUGUUCUUCGUGGAGAACCCGUUCGACUUCAUGGAGAACAUCUCCCUGGAGGGCAAGACCAACUUCUUUGAGAAGCGUGUCGGCGAGUACCAGCGUAUGGGUGUCAUGGCUGCCACCACGGACAACACAUUCACGCUGGAUGCAGACUUCUGAGGGCACCCACUUCCCUAUGGGAACUUUAGACAGCCAACUGGUUCCGGUGCAUGCUGGGAAUGUUUUUAUUGUACAAUAAUUAUUAUUUUUUUUUUCAGUAAUGUAUUUAACAUUUUCUCAUUUUACAUAAGGUGACAGCAGUGCGUAGUCAUUUGUUUAAAGCAGUGAUUGCAGUUACUGUAUUGGGAGCUUGGCUUAAAAUGGUUCUGACCAAACUUCGAUGUUACACAUGGCGCAAGAAUGCAAACAUGGUACAUGGCAGGCAGGCUCUAAGCACUACUUAGCAUUUCCUAUUUGAUUGUUUUAUCUAUCCUACAAACAUACUACAAUGCAAUGAAAGUGGUUGGACUCUUUGGCCUAGAAGCAUUUUUAGUAUUUGUUGGUUAUGUCUCUGUUUUAGGAGAAGUGAAACAUUUCCCAAGAUGAAAAACUUGACAUUGCACAUUAUUAAAAAGAUCAGUGCAAUUAUCAUU